UCUCCUCUCUCUCUCUCUCUCUCUCUCCCCCCACCUCCCUUCUGCGGGGAAAACAGGAUGAUGUCACCUGCAACCAAAAGGAAACUGUUAAAGAACUGAAUCCUUUUGUAAAGAAGAAAAAUAUGGACGUUGCCGCACGGAUGGGUGCAGUUUGUUGGCAUCAUUAGCCGUGACUGACGCACCAAAAGUAUGAACAUGGCCCCUCGGAAGAGAAGUACCCGGGGUCUUUCCUUCAUCUUCUGCUGCUUUCGAGGGAGCGACCACCCAGAGAUCACGUACCGGCUACGGAAUGACAGCAAUUUUGCCCUGCAGACCAUGGAGCCAGCACUGCCCAUGCCUCCAGCUGAGGAACUCGACAUCAUGUUCACUGAGCUGGUGGAUGAACUUGACCUCAGUGAGAAGCACAGAGAAGCCAUGUUUGCACUUCCUGCGGAAAAGAAAUGGCAAAUAUACUGCAGCAAGAAAAAGGACCAAGAAGAGAAUAAAGGAGCGACAAGCUGGCCGGAGUUUUACAUCGAUCAGCUGAAUUCUAUGGCAGCUAGGAAAUCUCUCUUGGCUUUGGAGAAAGAAGAUGAGGAAGAAAGAAAUAAGACUAUUGAGAGUUUGAAGACAGCACUAAGAACACAACCUAUGAGGUUUGUCACGAGAUUCAUUGACUUGGAUGGGUUAACGUGCAUUCUGAAUUUUUUGACAAGUAUGGACUAUGAGACCUCAGAAUCUCGAAUACAUACCUCUCUUAUAGGCUGCAUUAAAGCAUUAAUGAACAACUCUCAGGGCAGGGCUCACGUCUUGGCUCAUGUCGAGAGCAUCAACGUAAUAGCUCAGAGUCUGACCACGGAAAACGUAAAGACUAAAGUUGCGGUAUUGGAAAUUUUGGGGGCCGUGUGUUUGGUGCCUGGGGGUCACAAGAAGGUUCUGGAAGCAAUGCUGCACUAUCAGAAAUACGCGAGUGAAAGGACACGCUUCCAGACACUAGUCAAUGACCUGGACAAAAGCACAGGACGAUACAAAGAUGAAGUGAACCUUAAAACUGCCGUGAUGUCCUUUAUUAACGCUGUCCUAAGUCAAGGGUCAGGAGAGGAAAGUCUUGAUUUCCGAGUACAUCUCAGAUACGAGUUUUUGAUGUUAGGAAUUCAACCUGUUAUUGACAAAUUACGUGAACAUGAAAAUGCAACUUUAGACCGGCAUUUAGAUUUCUUUGAGAUGCUGAGGAAUGAGGAUGAAGUGGAGCUGGCCAAGAGGUUUGAUAUGGUCCAUAUUGACACGAGAAGUGCCACCCAGGUGUUUGAACUGGUCAGGAAGAAAAUCAGCCACACCGAGGCCUACCCGCACUUUAUGUCCGUCCUUCACCACUGUCUCCAGAUGCCUUAUAAACGAAGUGGGAACACUGUCCAGUAUUGGUUACUCUUGGACCGAAUAGUGCAGCAGAUAGUUUUACAGAACGAUAAGGGGCAAGAUCCCGACGUGGCCCCAUUGGAAAACUUUGAUGUGAAGAAAGUGGUUCGAAUGUUGGUUAAUGAAAACGAAGUCAAACGGUGGAAGGAGCAAGCGGAAAAAACGAGAAAAGAACACACUGAGCUCCCAAAGCUGGAGAAGAAAGAACGCGAAUGCGAGGCCAAGACCCAGGAGAAGGAGGAGAUGAUGCAGACGCUGAACAAGAUGAAAGAAAAACUGGAAAAGGAAACUCAGGAGCACAAAGCAGCCAAGAAGCAAUCGGCGGAUCUGAUGAUCCAGAUCCAGGAUUUAAGCAUUAGAGCAGCCUAUUCCGGAGGUCCAGGCGGCCCGCCUCCCCCCCCAGGAGCCCCCGGCGGUCCCAUUCCACCGCCCCCACUUCUCUCAGGAGGGAUUCCUCCACCCCCUCUCCCUCCCCCUCUGUUUUGUGGUAUCCCUCCCCCGCCUCCCCCGCCUGGCGGCCCCCCACCCCCUCCUGGCCCACCCCCCCUCGGGGGGAUGCCCCCUCCUCCGGGAGGCCCCAUGGGAUCGGGGCAGAAAAGGAAAAAUAUCCCACAACCAGCAAAUCCUGUCAAAUCCUUCAACUGGGCCAAGUUACCUGAGAACAAACUCGUGGAGACAAUCUGGGAAGAAAUUGACGACACCAAGGUUUUUAAAGUGCUCGACUUGGAGGAGAUUGAGAAGACGUUCUCUGCUUACCAAAGGCAGCAGGACUUCUUUCUGAACAAUCAUACCAAGCAGAAAGAGACGGAAGCAAAUGAAGACACAUUAAAUUCCACCAAAAAGGUCAAGGAGCUAUCCGUAAUCGAUGGAAGAAGAGCCCAGAAUUGCAAUAUUCUUCUCUCAAGGUUAAAGUUGUCCAAUGAGGAGAUAAAACGCGCCAUUUUAACAAUGGAUGAGCAGGAGGAUCUGCCCAAGGACAUGCUUGAACAGCUCUUGAAAUUUGUUCCUGAGAAAAGUGAUGUUGAUCUGCUGUCGGAGCAUAAACACGAGAUCGACCGCAUGGCGAAAGCAGAUCGUUUUUUGUAUGAAAUGAGCAGAAUUCCUCACUACCAGCAGAGGCUGCAGUCCCUGUACUUCAAGAAGAAAUUUGCUGAAAGGGUAGCUGAAGUUAAACCCAAGAUCGAAGCCAUUCAUCUGAGCUCCAAGGAGGUUCUGCAAAGCAAAAUCCUAAAGCAGCUGCUGGAGGUGGUCUUGGCUUUUGGCAACUACAUGAACAAGGGACAACGAGGCAAUGCCUGUGGUUUCAAGCUCUCCAGUCUCAACAAAAUUGCAGACACGAAGUCAAGCAUCGACAAGAACAUUACCCUUUUGCACUAUUUGAUUACAAUCCUGGAGAAGAAAUAUCCCAAAGUGGUGAACAUUCAUGAAGACUUGCAGAGCAUCCCCCAAGCUGCCAAAGUGAAUAUGACUGAACUGGAGAAGGAGGUCAACAACCUGCGAAGUGGUCUGAAGGCAGUGGAAAAUGAGCUGGUAUACCAGAAGACCCAAGUGCUGCAGCCGGGUGAUAAGUUUGUCUCCGUUGUCAGUCAGUUCAUCACUCUGGCAAGUUUCAGCUUUUCCGAUGCGGAAGAUCUCCUCUCAGAAGCUAAGGAGCUGUUUAACAAGGCCGUGAAGCACUUUGGCGAAGAGUCUGGCAAAAUCCAGCCGGACGAAUUCUUUGGGAUGUUUGAUCAGUUCCUCCAGGCUUUCACAGAAGCAAAGCAGGAGAAUGAGAACAUCAGGAGGAGGAAGGAGGAGGAAGAGCGAAGGGCAAAGAUGGAAGCGCAGCUGAAAGAGCAGCGGGAGAGGGAACGCAAAGCGCGGAAGGCAAAAGAGGGCGGAGAGGAAGGUGGCGAGUUUGACGACCUGGUGUCGGCGCUCAGGUCGGGAGAAGUCUUCGACAAAGACUUCAAGCUGAAGCGCAGCCGAAAGCGAGGGAGCAGCCAGGUGACCGAGAGCAGCCGGGAGCGACCAGUCACUAAGCUGAAUUAUUGAGCCCUGCCCCGCUCGCUCGCUGUGGUGGUGGUGGUUUUGGAGCAACACAACAACCUCGGUAGCCGCAGGCUAGCACAUCACCAUCAAGUUUCGAUUGUACUGUGUGAUUCCACUGCCUCUCGGCCACAUCGGUGGCUGCUGAUCCUUUUACCCUCCUCUCGGCUGUGUGUAUUUGCACCACUGUCCUUGCAAAGAGAAUUCCGGGCCCGUUUGUGGUGCUGAAGCACAACCCCCCCCCCGCCCCUUCCGCUCGAAGCAGUGAAACAAUUCCUAGGACAUUCGAUCGAUGGGUAGAACCUUUCAUCCCAGCUCCCCCUCUUUCCCCUCCCCAACCCCCCUACCCCCC